UGAAAGACGGGCGGUCUCGCGGUUAAGUCGUCCUUCGCGAUUCCAUGUCGCCUUAUCUCGUCCUUUUCCUUCGCUACGGAAUUUUGGCGGUUAUUUUUAAGAAUGGUUUUUGUGAUGAAAACGAAUACAAAUUGACAAAACAUUUGUUGGAUGGAUACGAUGCUGCUGUAAGACCAGCUAAAAAUUCCUCCGAACCUUUGACCGUUGUCUUUGGUCUUGCUCUUCAUCAUAUCAUCGAUGUGGAUGAAAAAAAUCAAAUAUUAACGACCAAUUGUUGGGUCACACAAGUCUGGACCGAUCACCAUUUGAAAUGGAACACCUCAGAAUUUGCAGGAAUUCAAGUAAUUCGUGUCCCAUACAAUCGUGUUUGGAGGCCUGAUACUAUACUCUAUAACAACGCAGAUCCGCAGUAUAGUUCAGCGAUUAUAAAUACAAAUGUGAUUGUCAAUCAUACAGGGGAAGUAGUAUGGUUGAGUCAUGGUAUUUUUCGUAGCAGUUGCGAUAUCGAUGUUGAAUUUUUUCCCUUCGACGAGCAAAGGUGUGCAUUGAAGUGGGCAUCUUGGACUUACGAUGGAUAUCAGAUCGAAUUAGAGGAACAGAGUAAAAAAGGUGACAUAAGUAAUUAUCAAGCAAACGGUGAAUUCGAUCUCGUCGAUUUUUCUGCCAGACGAAACGUCGAAUAUUAUUCUUGUUGUACAGAACCUUACCCGGAUAUCACUUAUGAGAUCCGCUUAAGAAGACGAUCCAUGUUUUAUGUCUUCAAUCUUAUCCUACCUUGCAUACUUAUCAACGGUAUCGCUCUACUGGUAUUCUAUGUACCUUCGGAAUCUGGAGAAAAAGUCACUCUUGGGAUCUCGGCUCUUCUUUCGAUGACUGUCUUUCUAAUGACAAUACGUGAAACUCUUCCACCAACGGAAAAAACACCAUUGAUCAGUCUCUAUUAUGGAGUAAGCAUUUGUCUCGUGUCGUUCGCGUCAGGAUUAGCGGUAUUGACUUUGAAUUUACAUCAUCGUGGCACGAGAGUACCCGAAGUUGUGAGAUCGUUAGUUCUACACAAGCUGGCAAGAAUAGUGUUUCUUAAUUUUCAAGAAGAGAAUAAGUCGGAAUCUGCAGAAUCAACGAGAAAGGUAAAUAGUUGUCCAUUACAUUGUAAAACUGAUUUACCUCAUCAACAAAUGACGUCACCUAAGCACGUUAAGAGAAAGCAGGAUAGUAACAGUAGCAGUCCUAAUCUUGAAUUCGGAAAAGAUUCUAAUCUGGAAAUUCAAUGGACUCGCAUUUUGGCAAGAGUGCAUGCCACUAUUGAGAGAAACGAGAGGCGUUUAGCAGAACAAGAUAAAAAAGAAAGAACGGAAUUGGAAUGGAAACAAAUCGCUUUAGUUAGCGAUCGUAUAUUAUUAGGUAUUUUCUUUUUAAUGACUAUCGUUAGCACAGCCGUUAUUUUAUACGGUUCGCCACCUCCUACUUCACAAAAUAAAAACUAUGACUAAUCUUAAAAAUGAUUUGACAUUCUAUCAAAGUCAAUUUUUCUAUAAAACGUCAAAUUACGAUUGCUCUCUAUAUUGAUUACAUUUAAUCGUACUAUGCAACAUAUUAAAGUAUUAGAACGAUAUACAGUAAUUUAGAAAGCAAGAAAGACUUCGAAACUUAUUGUAUGGCUCGAUUGUGAUGUUUUUUUUUUCUUCGUGCGGCUAAUAUUAAAAACAUGUUUUGCUAUACUUUUUUACACUAUGGAAUUUAAUAAUCAUAAGUUUACUUGUUAAAGAUAGAUGUCAUUGUAAAUAUUAUAUAUCAAAUAUUGUAUACGAACAUUUAUCUCAGCUGCAUAAUUCAAUCGAUAAUUGAGUAAGUAAUAAUAAUAAGGUAUAAUAUUUUGUACUAAUUUAUUUAAUUUCAAAGUAAUGGUUUGCUUUAAGC